AUGGCAGAAUAUCUCACCAUGCCCAUCCUCAAUGAACUUAUCCGACGAGUCGAGGAGGACCCAAGCAACGCAGACGCGGUGAAAGCAAUGACAUCUGGUAUUCUCUCUUACUACUUCCUUAUAAAUGAAGGGUUCAUAGUUGCACCCAAGUCAACUAGCAACGAGUUCUCUACAGGUUUCGAAUACAUAAUUCGCCACAUUCAGCCCAGUCGAUCAGAGAAUCGUAAGAUCGUCGAUCACGUCGUGGCUAGAUCGGAAGUGGAUAAUAUACUUCAGAGUUGUAUCAGUCGACUCCAGCAAUCUAUUCAGCACCGAAUUCCAGGGGUGGAGAGUUGCUGGGCAGUACUGGUUCAGGGUCAGUCGGUAUACUUUUACGAGUAUCAUGGACAGCUGCCUGAACAUGAGCGUCUUGUGCCAUGGGCACUAUCCGGUCAAUCUCAGGAGCAGCAUGCUUUUCAUGUGCGCAGGGAUAGUGUUCAGAUUGAACGGAUGUUGAGGCAUAUGGCACUACAUGAUAUGCCUGCGCGAGAGACAGUGGAGCGUGGAUAA